AUGAAAUGCGCUAAGCUGCAUUUACAAGAGAGGACUAAGGCGAGACCAAAAUCCGAGCCACGUCAUGGGAAGCCCAGAAGAUAUUGCCAAAAACUUUUAGUGGAUCCACAAUUUGAAGAUGAUGCAAAAUGGCCAAAUACGAUACAAAGGUACCGUUGCGCAGUCGAUCAGGAGAAUUACGAUUUUAAUGGAACCUCAAAGGCCCAAAACCAUCACGACCCCAGCGAUAUGUUUCUUUCAGUGCAAACAUUGCAGUUUAAAGUGGAGGUCACUGGCGGCAUAGCGAGUGUGACAGAGCCGCUGCGAAAGGAUUGGUACGCCAUAGGCCACCCCGCCCGA